AUGGACGACGACGUGCCAAAGGUACCAGAGGUAUUCUGCCUGAGCGAGUAUCCCGACCCAGAGCAUAAGCCUCUCAAAACGACAGUUAUGAUGAUAAACUGGUUCAAAAAGUGGUUGGUACCCGUUGAAGAAUGCCCAGGACAGAUAUACCCUAUGAUUCGAAUGGUUCGCGCCCUCCUCACGCAUUACUUUCCGGAGGAAAAAGGAUGGGAGGUGGUUAUGGGUGAUUAUGGUGAAGAAGUAGUAAUUUAUACGGUCAAAUGCCACGACGGCAAUGAUCUCAUUGACCAUUUGAUGGUUCUCAUCUUGCCAGAUGACGACCACCACAUCAUUAAGUCCAUCCAGCAGUUCAAGAAUAUCUGUCGCUCACGAUUCGGUAUUACACCACAAGAUGAAAGUGAUCCAGCUUUGAUGUGGGGCGCAAUCUUCAAAGGCUCUAAAGCCCUGUUCUACCAGUAUGAGAAGGGGGGAGAAAUACGAUCACUAAUUGACCCAGAUGUUGUGGAUGGACCAUACUCCAUAGAGGACCAUUAUGUAAAGUGUCUCGGAAAGAAUUGGAAAGACACAAAAAUUCUAAUCGGUCUCACGGCGCAGCAUCAUCGCGUUCAUAGGGAGUGA